UCCUGGCGGCGUUUUCCGCCUCCGUGGAUCACGGCUGCGAAUGCCCUCCGUCGAUUCCACGAUAUCGGUCUCCUCCGCGACGACCGAACUUUCACGGGAAAGAAUGGACUAUGAAUUCGUCGGCGGGCGCGCUGAUCGGACUCGCCCUUUAUUUGCUAUCCUCUUUCGCGAAUAAAACGGCACGAGUCAGAUAAUUUAAUUCAUCAGGGGAAACCAGUCACAGGAGAACCAUGGAUCAAAACAGAAACAGACCCAGUAGACCCCGUCUUCGGUCUCAUGCCAACUCAGCCAGGGUCCUUGUUUUCGAUCAGACUGAAAGUGAGGAAUCAACUUGCAGUAAUGAGGCGGAUGUGCAGAAACAUCCAAUACCACCCAAAGUGGAGAGCAAAGAGGCUCCAGCACGACCUGUCAGCGGAGAAUUAUCAAAUUUAGUUAGAAUGAGGAACUCUGCCAUUGGGAAGUCUGCACCAUCUUUGUCUGUUCAUGUGCGUGAUUUUAACAUUCCUCGGCGUGCUGCCAAAGCAGCUCAUCGUAAAUCUUUUAUUGCAACAACAUCUCCCACCUUACCAAGAUGUCAUUCACCAUUGUCAGCAUUCGUCCCGAUUGUAGGCAGUCCCCUAGAGAGUCCUAGGAUGUCAUCCAGUCCACAUUUUGCUUUUGCUCCAAUUAAAAGGAUUGGUGGAGGUGCCACAGGAACUGGAGAUGGCAGACGAUGGUCGGUCGCUAGCUUGCCGUCCAGUGGAUAUGGAACGACACCGGGCUCCAGUAAUGUUUCGUCACGGUACUCGAGCCAAGAACGCUUGCAUCAACUUCCGAAUGUUCCAACCAAGGAUGCGUUGCGUAUGCUUUCUUGCCAUUUCUCUAAACCUGGCACACCUUGUUCGUCACACCCGGGAUUUCCGGGUUCCAGUAUCUCCAGUAUACCAGGUAGCGUGUCUCUCAGUCUUGACGAGGAAGGUCGUAGAUCACCUUUACACAGACCACGUUCUCGAAGUUUGAGUAGCCCCAGCCGGUCUCCUGUGUUGGACAGCGAAAUCGUAAUGAUGAACACUCUUUACAAAGAACGAUUUCCAAAGGCGACGCAACAGAUGGAAGAACGCUUGACUAACUUUAUCAAUGAAAAUAAGGAGCUGGAUGAGUACGAAGUGAUGACGAACAUGACACAAGACUCCUUGCCGAUUCUACGGUUUGUUCAUCAUCAAGUCAUCGAAAUGGCGAGGGACUGUCUGCAAAAGUCUCAGGAGAAAUUAAUCACAACUAGAUACUUUUAUGAAAUGAGCGAGAAUCUGGAACAUUUACUGAUGGAGACUAAAGAAAAGUCGCUCGAAGCUGCAACGAGAUUAACGGGACUUAUUAAAAAAUUAUUACUAGUAAUAUCGCGUCCAGCUCGCUUAUUGGAAUGUUUGGAAUUCGAUCCAGAAGAGUUCUAUCAUUUGUUGGAACAGGCUGAAGGCCAAGCAAAAAUUAACGCAGGAAUUAAAACGGAUAUACCGCAGUAUAUUAUCAAUAAGCUUUCUCUGAACAGAGACCCGAUAUCGGAACUGCAAGAAGAUCUAAAUAAAUUGGAGGAUUCGGCAAGUUCAAGCGAUAGCAACUUGCAGAUGACUUCGAGUCCAAACAAGGACGACGAGAAAACUCAGCGGGUACCGUGCGAGAGCGAUUAUGAAGUGCUGAAGUUAAUUAGUAACGGUGCAUACGGCGCUGUUUAUUUGGUUAAAGAAAAAACCACCCGACAGAGGUUCGCUAUGAAAAAGAUCAAUAAGAACAAUCUCAUGUUGCGCAAUCAAGUCGAGCAAGUCUUUGCCGAGAGGGACAUAAUGAGCUUCACAGACAAUCCUUUUGUAGUUUCUAUGUAUUGCAGCUUUGAGACGAAAAGACAUUUAUGCUUGGUAAUGGAAUACGUGGAGGGUGGUGACUGCGCGAAUCUUUUAAAAAUCAUUGGUCCACUGCCACCGGAUAUGGCGAGGUUUUAUUUUGCGGAGACCGUGUUAGCUGUCGAAUAUUUGCACAGCUAUGGCAUCGUUCAUCGAGACUUGAAGCCGGACAAUUUACUCAUUACUGCACUUGGUCACAUCAAACUCACAGACUUUGGUUUGAGUAAAAUGGGUCUUAUGUCCUUGGCAACGAAUCUUUACGAGGGAUAUAUUGACAGGGAUACGAGGCAAUUCUCGGAUAAACAAGUAUUUGGUACACCUGAGUACAUCGCUCCUGAAGUUAUACUGCGUCAAGGAUAUGGAAAACCAGUCGACUGGUGGUCAAUGGGCAUUAUUUUAUACGAAUUUCUAAUUGGCUGUGUUCCAUUUUUCGGUGAUACUCCGGAAGAGUUGUUUGCUCAUACGGUUAACGAUGAUAUCGAGUGGCCUGACGACGAUGAUUGGCCCGUCCAGCCAGAAGCUAAAGAUAUUAUAACGGCGUUGUUGCAACAAAGUCCUAGGGAUAGAUUAGGGAUAAGUGGUUCUCAUGAAGUUAAAGAACAUCCGUAUUUCUAUGGAGUGAACUGGAACAGCUUGCUCAGACAGAAGGCUGAAUUCGUACCACAAUUGGUCAACGACGAAGAUACAAGUUACUUCGACACUCGUAUGGACAGAUACAAUCACGACAUAGGCGACGACACCGAUGAUACCGAUGAUUCUCCUCUCUUUGGAUCAUUCUCUUCGUAUUCACCUCAAUCACGAAAGAUCUCUCAAACCCGCCCACCACAAAUAAAUCCGGAAUCAGAGUCGGACGUCUCGAAGAAACAGCUAUUCCGCACCGAACUCGAACGUACAGUCGCUCAACUGUCUCUAGGGCCUGGCAGUUCGGUCACGCCUCAAUCCAAGUUAGCUGAAUUGGUUUCGUUGGAAAAGAAUCGGCCAUCUUCGUCCAUUAAAAGCUCCGUGUGCAUGGAAACUCCGCCCAAGGCAGACAAGUCGAACGCAUCGUUCAACAGUCCCGCCACAGUGACCAGUGGCGAGUCCCAAUUAACCGUUAUCAAGAACACUCAAAUAGAAGGGGCGUCGAUCAACUUAAGCACACCUGAUUCGUCUCAAACCGAGUCAGAGGACAUCAGUCCACAGAUUCAGAGAAAGAGACACGUGCACCCCCGCGACAAGCUGCCCAGGUUCAGUAUAUCCGUUGAUGAUGAUCACAUGUUGGACUUGGUUGCUGCAAACAGGGACAUGGCCGAGGACAGUAAGCACAAUUCUAGUACUGAUUCCUUCGAAUCGUUCAGCGCGAUGCCGAUCAUACCGUCCGUGAAACAGAAGUCACGGUCUGUGAUCAAAUCCGCCUCUACAAGUGGGUUGUCGUUGGUGAUACCCGCCAGCGAUUUCUCCUACGAUGCAUCCUUAAAUACUCAAUCAAUCGAAUCUCCUGGCGGAUCGUCCACCGCGUCCUCGAGAGAUACGUCCCCUUGUCGCGAAUUAAGUCCUCUUGUUACCAGCUUAAAACCGCCUAUCAUCAUUCGAAGAGGACCAUGCGGAUUCGGUUUUACCGUGCACACUAUCAGAGUCUAUUACGGGGAUAGUGAUUUUUACACUAUGCAUCAUUUAGUUAUGGCCGUCGACCCGUCUAGUCCCGCGUUCGAGGCUGGUUUAAGACCGGGCGAUCUUAUCACGCACAUAAACGGCGAACCAGUACAGGGUUUAUAUCACAUACAAGUUCUUCAGUUGAUGCUGAGCGGCGGCGAUCACGUGACACUUCGCAGCACACCGCUGGAGAACACCAGCAUUAAAACCGGCGGACGAAAGCGGGAUCUCACACAAAGCAAAAUGGCGCGUAGAACGCUGCAUAAACAGCGGAAGCAGAAGCGCGACCAUUCCGAUAAGAAACGCAAAACAUCCCUUUUUAAGCGAAUUAGUUCGAAACGAGCUAGCGUAGAGAUGCAACAGCCAUUAACUAUCAGUUGUCCAUUGUCAGCACCCAUUCUAUCCAGCGACAGCAAACCUCCACUUAUGAUGGCCGCAGGAAUCUGUUCGCCGUCUAUGGUGACGCCCAGCCGGUCCUUCCAGUCGUUCACUCGCUCGCAGGAGACAUCGCCGUACUUCGCGGCCUGCACAAAGUCCGUCUGUAGUCCCUCGCCGCCAACGAAUCGCGUCAGUUCGGAUUCCUACCAUUCGACCGGCAACUCAAGUCCAUGUUCAAGCCCGAAUUCCUCGUCGCCGGGCUCGAACACGUCUGCCGCGAACUUGACCGCGAUCUCGAAUCAGUCUCACUAUCAGAGACCGAGUACGCUUCACGGUUUAAAGCACAAGUUGCACACAGCAGCGAAAAAUAUUCAUUCGCCGAAUCGAAGAAAAUCGGUGGGUCAUAUACCGUUGUCCCCGUUGGCCAGGACUCCUAGUCCGUCACCGCUUCCGGCCAGUCCGACCAGGAGUCCCAGCCCGUUAGCGUUUCCCACGGGACAUCAGCCUGGUAGUUCCAAUACCACGCAGUCCUACAGCCCAGGUGUCUGUUUAUCAACGCCGAACAACCAGAAGAAAAACUACGGACGGCCAAAGUCAGCCGAGCCUGGCUCUCCUCUUCUAAGAAGAGCGCUAAGCCCGGACAGACUCCAUCCACGCUCCGCGGAAAGCAAGACCUCGAUAUCACCGUUGGCGAACACAGUGGUGAAGGUAACCCCCCGUGUGACUAUAGCUCAGUCGUCUUACUCAGAGACGUCCGAGGAGAGCGGUGACAGUUUCAAAGACGCGAACGACUCGAAGACCGAGAAGAAAGUACCGACCGAGCCGAAGUCCGAUUAUUCGAAACUGUCACAUGGAAUAUCGAUCAACUUGGGGAACGUGGGUAUGUCGAAUUCCUGCGGCGGCACGCAGUUGCCCAGAAUAGCGGAGGAGAAGGACUCGCCGACCGGUUCGAAGGGCGACGAUUAUACUUCGAAAGAUGCUCUGUCUACGGAGAAGAACGAUAAAGCUAAUUCUUCGGUCACGUCAGCGGAACUGGAGUAUUUACGGGAAGGCAAUGAUCAUCGUGAAAAUCGACAUUCUACGGUGGAUCUGUUCGCGAAGGUCUUCGAAACAACUGCCGAUAGGAUUGAAGAGAACACCAAGUCUUUUGAUAAGUUGUUUAACGUGCAUACGCGUUGUUCGACCGCGUCUCAUAAGCAAUCGCAGAACAACGAGAAAGGUUCACAAGUAUGGUCGCAAAAAACGUCGGCUCAGACCAGUGAGAAGAUCUCUCAAGCGUCGGUUCCGAAAGCAUCGUUGCAGAACAGCGAAAAAAGUUCUCCGGCCGCGUCGCAGAAUAGCGAGAAGGGUUCUCAGGGUGCUGCUCAGAAAGGAGUACCGCAGAGUAGCGACAAGUGUUCUCAAACGUCAGCUCAAAAGUUAUCAUCGAAUAACGAAAAAGUGCCCUCACAGUUGUUGACUCAGAAGUCUCUGUCGCAAUGCGGCGAGAAAAGCUCGCAGUCUUCGAUUCAGAAGCCUGCCUCGCAUAGCGCCGAGAGGACCUCGCAAAGUGCGUCGCAGAAGUCGCAGCCCGGCGAGAAAAGCUCGCAUGUCUCGACGCAGAAGACUCAGAGCAGCGAGAAAGGAGCUGCUCAUAAGUCGAACGAGCAGAAACUAGGUGGUAAAUGUUCAGAGGCUAAUCCAGAGAGUAGAAAGAUUUUGAAGAAACAUAAAGUCGACAGCUCCGAGGGUAACGCGAGCGCUUAUGAAGCCGGCGGAUCUGGAAAAGAUAAGAAAAACACUUAAGCCGUUCAUUGUUAAAUUUCAAUUAUCGCUCGUGCGAGUCCAAGUCUAAAAUUAAGAAACUCUGUCCGCGCGCGGUCAAUCAGACACUUUUGCCAAUGAACGCCUGUUAAUUCGUUUCUUUUUUUUUUUUUUAACAUUUAUCCAAAUUGAUCGAAUCUUACGA